AUCACACAGUAAACAAUAUUUUAAAAACGCUUCAAAAUUAAAAUGUGAAACUAUUUAAUACCCAUGUCAGAGAUCCUCUGACUGUAAUGUUUGGAGAUGCAAUCGUCAACUUCCUUUCAAUACAGAAUCCGAUAAUCGCCUUCGGGACCCUCAAGAACUGGUCCCGUCGUGCCUUGUACAAUAAGAUAGACCUCUGCACCCAAUCCUGCUACAGUCAGAUCAUCCCCGGACUCUACCUCAGCAAUGCCAGGGCCGCAGCAGACCGAGAUGUGCUUAGACAUCUUAAAAUCACCCAUGUGCUCACAGUUGAGGCGCGACGCCUACCGAAAUCAGCUUUUGUCGAUUCCGACAUCAGCACACUCUACAUUAGGGCCAAUGACACUCCUCAAACCAAUCUCCUACCAUACUUCCCAAUGGCCAAUGCUUUUAUUGAGGAGGGGAUACAAAAAGGCAACGUACUCGUCCACUGCCACUUCGGAGUCUCCAGGUCCGCCACCCUAGUCAUUGCGUAUAUCAUGCAAAAGUAUGGAUUGCGGUAUGAGCAAGCAUUUAACUUUGUACGACAGAGGAGAAGGUUUAUCAAUCCGAAUCCAGGCUUUGUGAACCAGUUGAAGCAGUAUCAAAGAAUAAAUUACGAUGUUAGAGGUAUUAAAAGAUUGGAGGCCUACAUGAACGUGAACGCGAGAAAGCACAGAUACAAAAUUGCGUCCUUUGCGGCAGUAUUAGUCGGUAUUGUUGUACCGUUGGCUGUCCUGGUUGGUUAAUGUAUAAUAUUAUAAUGAUGUAAUAAAUAAUACAAUCAGUACUAUACCUUUGUAUGUUUUCAGGGACUUUAU